GUGUACAGUUGAGUUGCAUGUUAUUCAGGGGGUUACAUACUAAAUAUGAUGCAUAAACUCAGAAUCAUGUGUAAUCAUAAUUACACUUGAAAAUCCCUUAAUUCUCCCAUAAAAUACACAUAAGAUGUGUUUUGGAUUUGAUGGACCUUUACACAACUGGUUACAACAGUUCAGAAAUCACUAUCAGACACACUGUCAUCUUCUAACAAAAGGAACUGUUCAGACAUCCAACUGAACUCCGUUGUACACCAGUGUACUUCGUCAAUUCUGAUCUGACUGUGCCCUCUUAUAACUCCUCAGGACACACCGCACAGAAAACACCAUCUUCUGUUGUGAAGAUUGCGUGUGUAUUGGUUCGUUACCUAGCAGUGGAUAUCUAUCUAGUGUUGAGAGCAUAUACUUUGGGAAUGUGUUUACCAAGCCAAUGCCUAGCAAUGGGCAUAUGUGUCACAAUAUAAUUAAUAUAGUAUACAAUGAAAGAGUACACAUACAAGUAAAAUGUGCAAUAAUUAUAUUUUUAAUUGCAUAAGAAGUAGAAAGAAGACAAGAGUUAAAAAAUAAAAAAGGACAACAGUAAACCUGAACUCUCAUACACUUCUAGCAAGAACCUGUAGUUGAAUCCACAUAAGUUAGUUGCAUGUAUGGUAUGACUUCACUGUACUAGAACUGUUUCAGGAUUAGAGUCUUAUAGGGGCUACACACCUUCAGUUUAUCUGUGCAGUUUAUCAUGUGUGACGUCAUGUCUGAGCGAUAAACUGUGUCAACUGUGCAGUUUACACCGGUUUUCACGUAGAUAAAAAGUCUGCACAUUCGGACCGUCAUUUGCAAUGAUAACCUGCACAGUUUAUGCAGUUUAUCGUACAGUUCGUUCAGUUUCCGUCCUGUUUCUGUACCUAUACGAUGACUACGGUCUCAAAAAAGGAUUCGCUUUUAGCAUUUAUCGACGGCUACCGGUCCCUUCCCGAGCUUUGGGAUACUGCAUGCGUAUCUUAUUCCAACCGUGUUAAGAAAGCGGCAGCCUACGAUGUUUUAAUUGAAAAACUGAAACCUCUCGAGCCUGAUGCAACACGUGAUAGUGUAGUGAAGAAAAUAAAUAACCUAAGAUCCGUUUUUCAUAAGGAGUUGAAGAAAGUAAACGAAUCAAAGAAAUUGGGAGCUUCAGCUAAUGAUGUGUAUGUUCCGAGUCUGUGGUAUUUCGGGGAACUGAUGUUUCUGGUGGACCAGGAAACUCCUGAUGCCAGUAAUUCAACCAAUGAACUGGGCAAUGACAUCAAUGAAAAAUCAGUUGCCCCAUCCUCUCCAUCAGCUUCUUCAGGACCUACACCCACAGUCAAUUCGUUUGCACAACCUAGCAGAAAGAGAAAGUCAGCCCCUUCAUCACAUGAUCUCCUUACAAAGGCCACACGGUAUUUGGAAGCUGAAGACGAGUUUUUGAUAUUGGCAAAUUGGCAGUGAAAUUAAGGAAAUUAACUCAGCAACAGCUAAUGUUUGCUGAUAAAGUAAUCAAUGAAACAUUGCUUGAUGGUCAAAUGGGCCUUUUAACCAGAGGCAGCUAUCCGGUUCACCCAUCAGGGCCUUUAUCCACUUCAUCACCAUCUCCCAGUUGGAGUUCGAAUUCGUACUCUCAACAUUCUGAACCCCAAACGGCAAGGACGCUGUUGGAGGGAUUCUCGUACCAUGACAACGAAUACAAUAAUUUACAAUAACAUUAUAUUCAUACGUACAUACCUACUCAAUGUGUAAAUUUUAUUUUGUAUUUCUACAUACAUGUACAUUUUUAUUUAGUUAGUAUGGUAAUAAACUAUGGCUGCUAUUUUAUGAAUAUUUAUUCAGUCACACCUAUGGUCUUAUCAAAUAAUUAAAGUAUGCUAACCUGAAUAAAAUUUUGCAGUGCUUUCCGUAUUGCCACGCAUGUUUCUAUUAUUAUCUCUCCGAGUGCCUGAGGAGAUACUCUCAUUGAAAAUGUCAAAUCUUGGAAACUUCUCCCAGUUGCCAGGAACCGAAGAGUCGCAAUCAGUCUCACAUGCGGAGAUAUUGCUUCCCUCAAGACUGUGUCCUUUUUUCCAAUGAGGCGAACAACUUUGCUCAAUAAAAUUUGAAAUGCAUUUUCGUCCAUCCUUAGGUAAUUUUUAUAAUCGUUAAUUUCCCCUCCUUCUUGUAACUCAGUCAGUAAAUGGUAAUCACUGGGCAAAAGGCUUCUUUGCAGAUACCAAUCUUUGCACCAAUGUUCACGGCGUUUUUUCCUUUUGCCUUCUUCUUCUAGCAACACUGCAGCAAUUAUGCAACAAACUGCAGCUCUUCUUUUUCUGUCACCCAUUGAACUUUAUUUAUUUUAGAACACAACCAAACCUGUCGAAAGUGAAGAGAGAACUGAAGAAACAUCGGACUGAACUGAGGCAAAAACUGAAGGUAUCCUACACACCUUCAGUUCAGAUAAAUGUACAGAUUUUCACACAGUUAUUUUUGACAGAUAACUGCACAGAUAAACUGAAGGUGUGUAGCCCCCUUUAGGCAUGUGAAGAACUGGGAACAGAUAACUGCAGUGUCUAGUAAAUGAUAAGUUCAGUGCAGUUUCCAAUUCCCAAUCUAUGUGACACUUUUUUCCUAAAAAAUUUCAGUCCAUCUUCUACACCGUGAGGUUUAGAAGAACAAGUUCAUAAUAUACUGGGAUAUACAGUAAGUGUACUGUUCUUCCCUAAAGUAAGGGAUCAUCAGUAACUCUACUAAUCGACGUAGAUUUUUUGCAAGUACACAUUUAGCCAUUUGUGUUUCUCUUUCAGAAAAAGAAAAUUUGCUGCAAAGUCUCCAUAUUUGUGACAACAAUGUUAUGUUUCUUUAAAUGUUUGCAUGCUGGCAACUUCUCAAUGGAUUUGCCACAGUAUUAUUCUGACUAAGAUAGAACCUGCAGCUUAUGUUAAGAUGUAGGUUCCCUCAGGAAGCUGCCAUGAUGCUGUCAGUCAUUUACCUUCACAAAUGCCAAGCUGAACAUAGUAUCAGACUGGUGACAUUAACACAACAAGCCAAGCCAAUUGGUGUAAUGGUAAUGCCCCAGACAUGUAUUUGGGAGAUGCAUUCCCCAAAUGCAAGACAAGACAAAAGAUUCUGGACUGAAUGGUAGCAAGCAUUACCUGAAUUCAGUCUCCUCUUAAUUUCCUC